UAAGAUUUCAGAUAUUUUAUUACUCAUUAAAAUGAAAAUAAUGAGAUCCUGUUGAUCUUGUUAUUGAUUGCUUGCCAAUCACCCUAUAAAACUCUCUGUCAUAAUGAUUGUCAAAAUUUCUGGUUAAUAAGAAAAAUAUUAAAAAAAAAAUAAAAAAACAUGGAAACUUUAAGAGAAGUAGAUGUAGAAGAAAGUAGCCAUCUCAUUUCUGAGGAAACCCUUACAGAUGAUCCUCUGGAAGUGCAGUAUGAGUUUCCAAAUGAUCCUGAUAGAAAUUUACUUAAUUGCGCUCAGCAAGAAAUUGAAACACCAGCCUCGCAGAUCUUUUAUUACUCUUUCACUGAAGAGGACGAGUUACUGUUGAUUAUGUUAAUGAUUGCCCUAAUGGUGUCUGUCAUGUUUCCUCUACUAAUGAUAAUAUCUCCGGUGCUGUUAUAUGACAGCCCCACGUUAACUCUCCUGGUGGUGCUAAUGGCUUUGAUGCCUGCAAUUUUAUUGUCUUCGUCCGACUUUAGAGGUCUACUUGGUGAACUACUGGAUAAUUUCUUGAAUAGAGGCUAAAAGACACUUACCAGGGUGGUGUAGAAGAUGCAUACGACGCACACCACUGGGGUCACUAAGUGCAAGUUUAUUCCGGUUACUGGAAGGAAUAAUUAUUAUGUCACUUAU